AUGCCCAACGAAGGCCUCAUCCCGUACGUCCAGCGCCGAGUCCGUGAGGGCAUCGGCGCAGUAGGCGACACGACAGGGAAUUCCGUCAACGCCAACGGGAAAGCAGUGCAGGGCGCGGCGCGGGCAGCAGGCGGGCGGGUCGACAGCCUGGGCCGGAGCAUCAGCGGAUCGGGCAAGACGGCCAACAAGACGACCAACACGUACGCGCAGGCCCUAGGACGGCAGGUCGAGAGCUACACAGGGGCGGCGGGGAGGCAGGUCGGCGCCGUGGGGCGGUAUGUGGACGGGGGCGGGCGGGCGGCGGGGGGACGGGUCGGGGAUUUUGGGAACAGUGUCAAGGAUAAUGACCACGUCUCGGUGCCUUUCAAAAUCAUGCCUUGA